UACAUGUGGAAUUAAUCUGCCUAUCAGAUUGGACGUAAAUUUUAAAUUCAUUGCGAUGAAGUGAUGGUUUUGAGAUUUUUUAUGUGAUGAAAUUGGUCUUGAUCCGCUUCUCAUCAUGUUCCAUCAUCUCGGAAAAAGUCUGGCUAAGAGAUAUCACUUCAGCGGUCUGGGUGAGUGUGGAUUUUCUUCUCACGUCUCACUCAGUCAGAGAAUAAACAAGGUGCUGAUAGCCAAUAGGGGAGAAAUAGCUUGUCGAAUUCAGAAAACCGCGAAGAAGCUCGGAGUGAAAACAGUAGCUGUAUACAGCGAUGCUGACGCGAAAUCCAUGCACGUAGACGCCGCCGAUGAAGCUUACCACAUCGGUCCACCAGCCUCAGCCCAGAGUUACCUGAGGCAGGAUAAAAUAAUAAAUGUCGCCAAGAAGGCAAAGUGCCAGGCGAUCCAUCCCGGAUAUGGAUUCCUAUCCGAGAAUAUGGAAUUCGCGGAUUUGUGUAGGAAAGAAAAUAUCAUCUUCAUUGGACCUCCAGCCACUGCCAUUAGGGAUAUGGGGAUUAAGAGCACAUCUAAGGAUAUUAUGAGUCGCGCUGGGGUCCCAAUUAUCACUGGAUAUCAUUCUGGUGAUCAGUCAAACGAAACUCUCCUCGCAGAGGCCAAGAAGAUCGGUUUUCCUCUCAUGAUAAAGGCAGUACGUGGUGGUGGAGGCAAGGGAAUGAGAAUAGCCAAGGAUGAGAGGAGUUUCGUGGAGGCAUUGGAGUCAGCGCGAACAGAAGCUCAGAAGGCAUUUGGGGACUCUGAUGUUCUGUUGGAGAAGUACGUGCAGAACCCGAGGCACGUGGAGGUGCAGAUAUUCGCUGAUCAGCAUGGCAAUGCUGUCUAUUUAUUCGAGAGAGACUGCUCAGUGCAGAGGAGACACCAGAAGGUCAUCGAGGAAGCCCCUGCGCCAGGACUGUCUGACAAAGUCAGAAGAGAAAUAGGGGAAGCAGCAGUGAGAGCAGCCAAGGCAGUGGGCUACGUUGGUGCAGGCACUGUGGAAUUCAUCUACGACAGAAACGAUCAAAGUUUCUACUUCAUGGAGAUGAAUACUCGCCUGCAGGUCGAGCAUCCUGUGACAGAAGCGAUCACUGGACUCGAUUUGGUUGAGUGGCAGCUCAAUAUCGCUGCUGGAGAGAAACUUCCACUCACUCAGGAUCAGCUCAGCAUCAAUGGGCAUGCUUUCGAAGCUAGAAUUUAUGCUGAGGAUCCCAGGGGUGGAUUUCUGCCACGAGCAGGUCCCCUUGUACACCUGAGUCCUCCAAAGACAUCCGAAAAUAUUAGAGUGGAGACUGGAGUGAGGGAAGGCGACGAAGUUUCUGUUCAUUAUGAUCCGAUGAUUGCUAAAUUAGUUGUUUGGGGGAGCAAUAGAGCUGAAGCACUGGACAUAUUACGGACGAAAUUGUCAGAGUACAAUAUAGCUGGAGUAGAAACAAACGUAGAAUUCGUAAAAGACCUGUGUCGUCACCCCAAGUUUCAAGCUGGUGACGUUCACACAGGCUUCAUCGAUGAGAAUCUAGACUCAUUAUUCCCCAGACUCCAGCCGCCAAGUGCUGUUCUCGCCCAGGGAGUUCUCGGAUUAAUCCUCUCCGAAGAUUUGUCUGCCCUCAAGGCUGCCCUCGACACCAAGGACCCCUUCAGCCCCUUCAAGACAGAACUGGGGAUGAGGUUGAACCACUCCCUGAAGAAGAGGUUCAAACUGAACUUUAUGGGGGAUGAUUUCGUAGUUGAUGUUAAGUAUGAGCAGCCUGAUGUCUACCUCAUGAGGAUCAAUGACAUUGGACCGUGGAGAAGGGUCGAGGGCCAUUUGACACAGGGCGACGAUGAUCUUGUGCUCAGGAGUGUUGUCGAGGGGGUGAAAACAAAAUCCUGUAUCUGCAGAUUUAACGAUGAACUUCAUGUCUUCACGAAUGAUCGAGCAUGGAAAUUCAUCAUACCACAGCCAGAUUAUAUUAAAAAAUUAUCGAGUAUAAGUGACGAUUUAGCUGGUGUUGCUGUUUCACCAAUGCCAGGUGUUGUAGACAAAAUUUUAGUGUCGAAAGCUGAUGUUGUGAGCAAAGGAGACCCUCUGGUUGUGAUUGUUGCCAUGAAAAUGGAGCAUUUAAUUAGAGCACCAUCCGCAGGAACUGUUGAAGAAAUCUUGUGUUCAGUGGGAAGUACCGUAGGAAAAGAUCGUCUGCUCGUGAAAAUAUCAGAAAUUGAAGAAAAAAAUAGCAACAAUGAUUCAUAAAUUUUAAAUUCCAUAGGACUAACUACAGCAAUAGAAUUUAUAUUUUAUCAUUGUAAAAAUUUCAUUAUUUUUCAUUUUUGCAAUUUAUUUCUUUAUAUUUACAAUCGAAAUGUCACCCAGAGAAGAUUCGUGAAUCUGUGAAAUAAUUGUGAUUUGUGAACUGUUGAAAUAAUUCGUUUGAAAAAUGAAGGGAAGAGUUUUGUAUUUGAAUCCUGCGAUUAAAUGACGUUCAGUUCUUUUCCAAUUUCAGUGAAUGCAUUGACAGCUCUGUCAAUAUCCUCUCUCGUGUGGACUGCACUCAAUUGCACACGAAUCCUAGCUUUUCCUUUGGGCACAACUGGAUAACUGAAGCCAAUCACAUAAAUUCCUCUUUCUAAAUCAGAAAAAAACCACAAUAAACGCACGAACUAAUUAUUAUUAAA